CUCUUUGUCUAUGGAGUAAAAUAACUUGCUUGUACAACUACUAGCUUAAAUCUGCGGCUUAAAUCAUUAAAUAUUUUGUAAAAAUGGACAAUAAAAUUAAAAAACAAAUGCCUAAAAGUGCUUUGGCAUUGUAUGUAAAGUUGUUUUGUAAGAAAAAAGGAAAUAAAACAAAAACAAUACAGGAUAACAGGGUAUUGAUUGAAGCAACGAAGUCCUGGCUUGCUUUAAAUGAAAAUGAUAAACAGCAAUUUUUGAAAAAAUAUCACGAAUAUCAAAGCAAUAUCAAAAAGGCAUUUGCUAAUUAUCUUAAAACAGCGGAACCUUACUUAAAAGCAAAAGAACCGAAUAAAGUAAAACCUAAUAUAAAUAUUAUGAAAGAAAAUACAAUAGAAAAAAACUGUGAUAAAGAAGUAGAACCACAUAGUGUACAAGACCAAAAUAACCUGUUAAAUGUUGAUAACACUAACACAUUCUUAAGUCCUCGUGAUAGUUCAUAUUGUGAUACUAGCAUGCAACUAUUAGAAAAUGCAAAUAAUUCCAUUUAUAUGACAGAAAAUAAUAAAUUUUCGAAUGUAGAACCUACUCCACCAAAGUUUAUAACUGGUAAACAACUUUUUAUAAUGUUAAAUAAUGAAAGUUAUGUUUCAUGGACUAAAUUAAAUACUUCACAAAAAGGAAAAUACCAGAAAGCAGUACUCACAAUUAAAAGGAAGUAUCUCACAAAUUAUCAAAAAUACUUGGAACAAUUACCAUCAGAAAAAUUAUUUGAACAUUUUAAAAAUUGUACAUGAUUUAAAUAUAUUUUAAUUUAUAAUAACAAAA